GGAUGGAUUUUUGAAGCUGGUGUGAAACACAGCCUUCUUCAAGCAUGAAGCUCCUCGGAAACAUUCCACUGCUACAGAUCCUCUUUCUGCCAUGUUUCAGCCUGAUCGGGGGCUUACAGAGAGCUCCUCGAAUCACAACCUUACUUGAAACUGUGGAUGCCUUGUUGGAUCAUAAUGCAACUUUUAUAUGUGAGGUAGACUCUUACCCUUUAGCAGACAUUUCUUGGACACGCAACAAUUACCCCAUACGGCAUUACGAUCCACGAUACAUUAUCCGAGAAAAUGGCCAAAUGUUGAUCAUUCCCAAUGUGAAGGACUCAGACAAUGGAGAAUACUGUUGCAAUGCCAACAAUGGAAUUGGAGAGCCAGCAAAAAGCUGUGGAGCUUUGCAGCUGAAGAUGAAGCCUCAAAUUAAGAGACAUCCAACAAACAUCACACUGCUACUGGAGUCCAAGGCAGUGUUGCCAUGCGUAACGUUAGGAUAUCCCAAACCGGACAUUUCCUGGAUUAAAGAUGAUGAUUUAAUUAAGGUUGAUAGCCGAAUUUCGAUUUUGGAAUUUGGUGCCUUAAAAAUUCACAAUAUCAAGAAAGAGGAUGCUGGCCAAUACCGAUGUGUAGCUAAAAACAGCUUUGGGAUUGCCGUCUCAAAACCAGUCACCAUCGAAGUACAAGCUCCUGCUAAAAUACUUAAAGUUCCAAAAGAGAGGAAGGUGCAGAUUGGAACAGAAGUGGCUUUGGAGUGCAAUGCCACUGGCAACCCCAUCCCCUCCAUAACUUGGCUGGAAAACGGCAACACGAUCAUGGGGGCGUCAGUAGAGGAGACUCUGGUUGGGGAGGUCAUCCUAUCAGUACUGCGAGUGGUGGUCAAUAAACCAGCCCUCUACACCUGCCAGGCCACCAACCACCACAGUGGAGGAGCCAACACUGUCAAAGCUACAGCCAAAAUCACCGUCUUAGAAUGGAGGCUGUAUAAAGGUAGUGCUGGAUACUGCAGUACAUACCGGGGUGAAGUGUGUCGUGGUGUGUUGAGACGAGAUGCACUCAUCUUCUUUAACUAUUCCCUGCCUGAAGAGGAGCAAGAGCUGCUGGCCCAGGGCAGCUGGGCAGAGUUGGAUGGGGCCAGUGCUCUGUGCAGGCCGGCUGCACGCUCUCUGCUCUGCCACAACACUUUCCAGGACUGCAGCCCUUCCGGCCUGGGACCUUCACCCAAACCCAUCUGCAGGGAGCACUGUGUGGUGGUGAAGGAGCUGUACUGUUAUAAGGAGUGGCGCUCUAUGGAUGAGAGGAGUCACAGGGGAGUCGUUUCUCCAGGCCUGAGCAUCAUUCUACCGGACUGUGGAACACUGCCUAGCCUGCAGGCAGAUCCAGGCUCAUGUACCUCUGUGGCUUUUGUGGAACUCAAGAAAGACCAAAUUACAACAACAUGCUACAAUGACAGAGGAAGGUUGUAUCAAGGAACACACAAUGUCACCGUGUCUGGUAUUCCCUGUCAGCGCUGGGACCAGCAGGAUCCUCACCCUCACAGGCUGCCUGUGGACAUCAUCCCUGAGCUGAGGAACGCAGAGAAUUUCUGUCGCAAUCCCGGGGGAGAGAGUGACAGGCCAUGGUGCUACUCCAGCAGCCCCAGAGUACGCUGGGAAUACUGCCUGGUGCCCAAAUGUGGAGAAGCAGUGACAAGUGUGAGAGCAGCAUCUGCUCCUAAAUCGGUGCCUCCAAACCCGGUUUCCCCCGUCUCCACUGCCUACUACAUGAGCGUCAUCAUAUUCAUCAUCGCAGGCUUUGCAGGUGCAGCCUUCCUCACCAUACUCAUCCUCAUGUGUCACAAGAGGAAGAAAAUGUGGAAACGUCGGAAAAGCAGGGCCAUGGAGACCCCUACCCUCACUGCUCUCCCUUCUGAACUACUACUGGACAGACUGCACCCCAACCCCAUGUACCAGCGCCUGCCCCUCCUGCUCAACUCUAAGCUGCUGACGCUGGAGUACCCACGCAACAACAUCGAAUACGUGAGGGAUAUCGGAGAGGGGGCCUUCGGCAGGGUGUUUCAGGCAAGGGCUCCUGGCUUGUUACCACAUGAGCCCUUCACUAUGGUAGCAGUGAAGAUGCUGAAGGAGGAGGCCUCAGCCGAUAUGCAGAAUGACUUCCAGAGAGAAGCUGCUCUAAUGGCAGAAUUUGAUCAUCCCAACAUUGUCCGGCUCCUGGGGGUCUGUGCUGUGGGGAAGCCCAUGUGCCUGAUGUUUGAGUACAUGGCCCAUGGGGAUUUGAACGAGUACCUGCGGAAGUGUUCCCCAGCCCAGCAGCGCAGCCUGAGCCAGGGAACCCUGACAGGCCAAAGUGUCGCUUCUCAGUCAGAACCAUCGCCCCUCAGCUGCCUGGAGCAGCUCUCCAUCUCCAAGCAGGUGGCCGCAGGCAUGGCCUACCUGUCCGAGCGGAAAUUUGUGCACCGCGACCUGGCCACGCGUAACUGUCUGGUGGGUGAGGACCUAGUGGUGAAGAUUGCUGAUUUCGGCCUGUCACGAAACAUCUACGCAGCUGAUUACUACAAGGCCAGCGAAAAUGAUGCCAUCCCAAUUCGAUGGAUGCCACCAGAGUCCAUCUUCUACAACCGCUACACCAGUGAGUCGGACGUGUGGGCCUAUGGGGUAGUUCUGUGGGAGAUUUUCUCACAUGGCAUGCAACCUUAUUACGGCAUGGCCCACGAGGAGGUCAUCUACUAUGUUAGAGAUGGCCAUGUGCUGGCCUGCCCUGAGAACUGUCCGCUCGAACUCUACAACCUGAUGCGUCUGUGCUGGAGCCGCCAGCCCAGUGACCGGCCCAGCUUUGCCAGCAUCCACCGCAUCCUGGAGAGGAUGCACUGCCAGAUGCUCCACUCCAGCAUGGCCUGAGACUCUCAUCCACACAUGAAGUCUGAAGAACCAUGAGUAGCAAUGGAGAACCUUUUCAAAAUCCAGAACUAUCAUGGAUUAGCUCUGAAGAAUCUUUAGACAGCCUGGGGUACUGCUGAUAGAGGUCAAAGUAUAUAUAGUCAAACUACCUUCAGUAGAAAAAAGUCAGUUAGCUUUUUAAUGCUAGCCAUUCAUCUUAUACAAGUUUGGGAAGAGGUAGAUUGCAUAAACACAAUAGUAACAGUCUGAAUUUUGUCCACACUUUUGCCCACCUUUGUAGGUUACAGUGUGUCAUACAGUGUUAGAAACCAAAUAUGCAAGUCUAUGAUGCUAAUUACUAAGGUAUAUGCUUUCUUGUUAGCUACAUUAGCCAUGUAGCUUUACCACAAAAGUAAGGAAACCAAACAUAAGUUGACAGUUCAUUGGCUUCAAUAGGAUAAGCAAAAAGGUGUAGAUUUUUCGCUGAACCUCUCCAUUAACUGAAGUUUGGUGGUUCUCCACAUGGACCCUGAAGAACCACAAGAAGCAGCGAUGAACCUUAAAUCAUGGAGGAGCUCAGAGGAAUCUUCAGACUUUGACCCAUCUGAAGAAUUACUUUGCGUACUGAUCCCCUGGUCAAGUCAGCGUGUAGGGAUCCAGUUAUAGGAGAAUGAAGCAGACCAUUGAUGGGAGACAACCAAAGUACAGCUGUACUAGACUUAGGUCAAAAGUACACCAUUGACUUUUCUGAGGAAAAUGAUGGAUGCAAGCUCAACGUCAGGAGGACAUUCUCUUCAGCUCAUCAUGGUUGAAGGGCAUGCUCAUGGUGGCUAAGUAAGUGGACGCAGCCCAGAUCAAUGAACAUUUUUCUAAGAACUGUUGCUUUUGGAGUGUAUAUUUGACAUAAUUAUUGAGUUCCUGCAUAUUUAUCGAUUAACAGGAAAGGUCAAGUGGAGCACACAGAAUGCUUGAUGCUGCAUCUCACUGUCACUGCAGUAUUGUUUGAAUAAAGUAGCAUAUUCCAAGUUGGCACAGCAUCACUUUACUAAUGUUUGUGUUUGAUAUUUUUGCCUGACUAAUAGACAACUUAUGUCUACUUAUUAUUAUUUUUUACUGAAAAUAAUUAGCUACAUAAAAAAGUGACAUUUAAUGUGCAUAUUACACUUACUUACACUUCCCAAAUACACACACACACACAAUAUAUAUAUAUAUUAUUGAUUCAUUCAUUGAUUUUAUCCAGUUAUGAUAUGUAAAGUUAUUGUGCAUCUCUAUAAUAAACAUGUUUGUAUUGCAUACUAACAUAGCAGCAUAAAGGAACAUAAAGCAUAAAGGAACUGGCCAUACUGGUCAUUACAAAUUAGCAUAUAUGUGAGUGGUUUCAUUUCAUACUAAAUUGUGAAUUCGGUUGGAUGUUUUAGUUUAAAAGCCAUAUAAAAUCUGUGGAAACUCAAAGGAAAAUUCCCUGGUUAGGCAUGUGCCAUACAAAAAUGUACUAACAUUUCUUCAUGGUUUACAGUGUUAUCACACUAUUGUUUUGUACAUGUUUAACCAAACUAUAUUCUCCAUGCUGUUUUUAAAUAACUGCAGGUGCAGGUGUUUAUACUUCUACAAUAUGUACAGUAAAACAACAGAAAAAUAAAAACUCCACAUUUUGAUAA